AUGGGCUUUUUCUUCUUUCAGCGUGUGCCAGUCGCCACUUUCCUUGCGAGCUGUGAUGCUACCUCGACUGCCGAACACACUACGAUGUCAAAUCCGGCGAAUCGGACACACAACACCCACCAACGACACCUGAGAAGCUAUAGCAUGAACGUUAUGGAGAUCGAGGACGACAAGCGAAUCCAGACCAAACUCAAUAAGGUUGACCUCGAGAAGAUCGCUCAAGGUUUCCGAGCUCAAGGAGUGCAAGGUGAAUCCCCGACAAUCAACGUCGACGCGAUUUUGCGGGCAGCACCCGCCAGAGAUCAAGAGCUCCAUCAAAUCGCCGCGUACUUUGCGAGUCGCAACGGGAUGCUCGGUAACUGGCUUCCCAAAUGA